GUUUGAAUAAUUCUAGGGCUUCUGGGAUAAAUAUAGGAGUUGUUCCUCAUGUCUUGUACCUGAUCCUAAGGUUCAUGAUCACCUGGGGGCCGAGAAUGGAAGAAGAGCCCUGUUACUGUGACUCACUUGUCUGCAUGCCUGCGGAGAAUCUGGACAAGAGUCCCUUGCCUGAAAGAAGCAGCCAUCCAGGGUGCUGACCUGAGGUGACCCCAGGGACAGAGUUUCCAGGACACAGAAGGAAAAGGAGAAGAGGAAUCAGCGGCUCGCAGAAAUACUGAUGAAGUACAAAGAGCAGAUGCUGAAGGACUUCCACCUGGCCCGGGUGCUUCCCUACUUGGUGUACGAUGGGGUGUUCUCCCUAAGAGAGUACAGAGAGAUCCUCUCUCGGGAUCGCUACCCGGAAAGAGUGGAGUGCUUUUUCCUGAAGCUCUUCUCCAAAGGGCCGAGUGCUUUCUGUGCCUUCUGCGCUCAUCUGGAGGAGCUCAGCCCUUACCUGCUCACCUCCCUUUUUCUUUAUUACCAAGAACAAACCCAACGGGUCCUACGAGAUGUGCUUGUGGCAAAAGAGGCAGCGAGGAGGAACGGAGGUCAGUGGGACUCCAGCACUGUCUUUGACCCGGAGGACCAAGAACAAAGGGCUCGAUUAUUUAACAAGGUAACUCCAUCCUCUGAAAACCCCAAUGGUGCUACUUCCAAUGUCAGCCAAGGAAAACCUUCUCUAAGACGAAUUAAAGGGAGACUACAUCGAAGCAAAAGCCUUGACAGUAUCGACUUCUGUGAACUCACUAGCACAGCAAUGGAGGAAACAGCUAUAUGGGAACAGCACACAGUGACGCUUCACAGGGCUCCUGGGUUUGGAUUUGGAAUUGCAAUAUCUGGUGGAAGAGAUAAUCCUCAUUUUCAGAGUGGGGAAACCUCCAUAGUGAUUUCUGAUGUGCUAAAAGGAGGGCCAGCUGAAGGACAGCUACAAGAAAAUGACCGAGUUGCAAUGGUUAAUGGAGUUUCAAUGGAUAAUGUUGAACAUGCUUUUGCUGUUCAGCAGCUAAGGAAAAGUGGAAAAAACGCAAAAAUUACCAUCCGAAGGAAGAAGAAAGUUCAGAUCCCUGUAAGUCAUCCAGAUCCUGAACCGGGGUCUGAUAAUGAAGAUGAUAGUUAUGACGAGGAAGUACAUGAUCCAAGAAGUGGCCGUGGUGCUUUAGUUAACAGAAGGAGCGAGAAGAGCUGGGCAAGGGAUAGAAGCGCAAGCAGGGAGCGGAGCCUGUCCCCUCGCUCAGACAGGCGAUCAGUGGCCUCCAGUCAACCCGCCAAACCCACCAAGGUCACAUUGGUGAAGUCUCGGAAGAAUGAAGAAUAUGGUCUUCGAUUGGCCAGCCAUAUAUUUGUAAAAGAAAUUUCACAAGAUAGUUUGGCAGCAAGAGAUGGUAACAUUCAAGAAGGAGAUGUUGUCUUGAAGAUAAAUGGUACUGUGACAGAAAAUAUGUCACUGACAGAUGCAAAAACAUUGAUAGAAAGGUCUAAAGGCAAGUUGAAAAUGGUAGUGCAAAGAGAUGAGCGGGCUACCUUACUGAAUGUCCCUGAUCUUUCAGAUAGUAUCCAUUCUGCUAAUGCCUCUGAAAGAGAUGACAUUUCAGAAAUUCAGUCACUAGCAUCAGACCAUUCAGGUCGCUCGCAUGACAGGCCUCCCCGCCGUAGCCAGUCACGAUCUCCUGAUCAACGGUCAGAACCCUCUGAUCAUUCCACACAGUCUCCACAGCAGCCCAGCAAUGGCAGUCUCCGGAGCAGAGAGGAAGAGCGGAUGUCUAAACCUGGGGCCAUCUCAACUCCUGUAAAACAUGUAGAUGAUCAUACACCCAAAGCAGUGGAAGAAGUUACAGUUGAAAAAAGUGAGAAGCAGACACCCACUCUUCCAGAACCAAAGCCUGUGUAUGCUCAAGUUGGUCAACCAGAUGUGGAUUUACCUGUCAGUCCUUCUGAUGGUGUUCUGCCUAAUUCAACUCAUGAAGAUGGGAUACUUAGGCCCAGCAUGAAACUGGUAAAAUUCAGAAAAGGAGAUAGUGUGGGUUUGCGACUAGCUGGUGGAAAUGAUGUCGGAAUAUUUGUAGCUGGCGUUCUAGAAGAUAGCCCUGCAGCCAAAGAAGGCUUAGAGGAAGGUGAUCAAAUUCUCAGGGUAAACAAUGUAGAUUUCACAAAUAUCAUAAGAGAAGAGGCUGUCCUUUUCCUCCUCGACCUCCCAAAAGGUGAAGAAGUGACCAUAUUGGCUCAGAAGAAGAAGGAUGUUUAUCGCCGCAUUGUAGAAUCAGAUGUAGGAGAUUCAUUCUAUAUUAGAACACAUUUUGAAUAUGAAAAAGAAUCUCCUUAUGGACUUAGUUUUAACAAAGGAGAGGUGUUCCGGGUCGUGGAUACCUUAUACAAUGGAAAACUGGGCUCUUGGCUUGCCAUUCGAAUUGGCAAAAAUCAUAAGGAGGUAGAACGAGGCAUCAUCCCCAAUAAGAACAGAGCUGAGCAGUUAGCCAGUGUACAGUAUACACUUCCAAAGACAGCAGGUGGCGAUCGGGCAGACUUCUGGAGGUUUCGAGGUCUUCGAAGUUCCAAGAGAAAUCUUCGAAAAAGCAGAGAGGACUUGUCAGCUCAGCCAGUUCAAACAAAGUUCCCAGCUUAUGAAAGGGUUGUUCUUCGAGAAGCUGGAUUCCUAAGACCUGUAACCAUCUUUGGACCAAUAGCUGAUGUUGCCAGAGAAAAGUUGGCAAGAGAGGAACCAGACAUCUAUCAGAUCGCAAAAAGUGAACCACGAGAUGCUGGAACUGACCAUCGUAGCUCUGGCAUUAUUCGCCUUCAUACAAUAAAGCAAAUCAUAGAUCAAGAUAAACAUGCUUUAUUAGACGUAACGCCAAAUGCAGUCGAUCGUCUUAAUUAUGCACAGUGGUAUCCAAUUGUUGUGUUUCUUAACCCCGACUCUAAGCAAGGUGUAAAAACAAUGAGGAUGAGGUUAUGUCCAGAGUCUCGGAAAAGUGCCAGGAAGCUAUAUGAACGGUCUCAUAAACUUCGUAAAAAUAAUCACCAUCUUUUUACCACUACAAUUAACUUAAACUCAAUGAAUGAUGGUUGGUACGGUGCCCUUAAAGAAGCCAUUCAGCAGCAACAGAACCAGCUGGUGUGGGUCUCUGAGGGGAAGGCGGAUGGUGCUACAAGUGAUGACCUUGAUUUGCAUGAUGAUCGUCUGUCCUACCUGUCAGCCCCAGGUAGUGAGUACUCAAUGUAUAGCACGGACAGUAGACACACUUCUGACUAUGAAGACACAGAUACAGAAGGCGGGGCCUACACUGAUCAAGAACUAGAUGAAACUCUUAAUGAUGAGGUGGGGACUCCACCGGAGUCUGCCAUUACACGGUCCUCUGAGCCUGUAAGAGAGGAUUCCUCUGGAAUGCAUCAUGAAAACCAAACAUAUCCUCCUUACUCACCACAAGCGCAGCCACAAGCUAUUCAUAGAAUAGACUCCCCCGGACUUAAGACAGCCUCUCAACAGAAAGCAGAAGCCUCAUCUCCAGUCCCUUACCUUUCGCCUGAAACAAACCCAGCAUCAUCAUCCUCUGCAGUUAAUCAUAAUGUCAAUUUAACUAAUAUCAGCCUGGAGGAGCCUACCCCAGUUCCUCCCACCUCGCACGUAUCACAAGCUGGUUGUUUAGGAGCACCAAGUGCUGAGGCAGCUCACAUAGUGCUCAGAGAUGAAGGACCACCAUUGCCGCCGCAUGCAGACCCAGCAAAGGUAUAUAGGAAGGAGCCAUAUCCUGAAGAAAUGAUGAGACAAAACCAUAUUUUAAAACAACCGGCUCUUGGUCAUCCAGGGCAGAGACCAGAUAAAGAGCCAAAUCUAGCCUAUGAACCCCAACUUCCAUAUGUAGAAAAACAAGCCAGCAGAGACCUCGAGCCGUCAUACAGGUAUGAGUCCUCAAGCUACACAGACCAGUUUUCUCGGAACUAUGACCAUCGCCUACGAUUUGAAGAUCGAAUCCCUACCUAUGAAGACCAGUGGUCAUAUUAUGAUGACAAACAUCCCUACCAACCUCGGCCUUUUGAUAAUCAGCAUCCUCGAGACCUGGACUCCAGACAGCAUCCUGAAGAGGCUUCAGAACGAGGUUAUUUCCAGCGUUUUGAAGAGCCAGCCCCUCUGUCAUACGACAGUAGAACACGCUAUGAGCAGCUGCCUCGGACCUCUACUCUCCGACAUGAAGAGCAACCAACCCCUGGAUAUGAGGUGCACAACAGGUACAGGCCAGAAGCACAGCCCUAUUCUUCAACAGGCCCUAAGUCGUCUGAACCCAAGCAGUACUUUGACCAGUACCCACGAAGUUAUGAGCAAGUACCCCCACCAGGAUUUACCUCCAAAACAGGCCAUUAUGAGCCUCUCCAUGGUGCUGCAGUUGUUCCUCCUCUGAUACCUUCCUCUCAACAUAAGCCAGAAGUUCUGUCCUCAGCUACCAAACCACAGCCUCCACCCCCAACCCUAACUGAAGAAGAGGAGGAUCCCGCAAUGAAACCGCAGUCUGUGCUCACCAGAGUCAAAAUGUUCGAAAACAAAAGAUCUGCGUCUUUGGAGAACAAGAAAGACGUGAAUGACACUGCCAGCUUUAAGCCUCCAGAAGUAGCGUCUAAACCUCCAGGUGCUUCUCUUGCUGGCCCUAAACCUGUUCCUCAGAAUCAGUUUAGUGAGCACGACAAAACACUCUACAGGCUCCCAGAGCCCCAGAAACCUCAAGUGAAGCCACCUGAAGAUAUUGUUCGAUCAAAUCAUUAUGACCCUGAAGAGGAUGAAGAGUAUUACAGAAAGCAGCUCUCUUACUUUGACCGGAGAAGUUUUGAGAGCAAGCCUUCUGCACAUAUUCCUGCUAGCCACCACUCAGAGCCUGCCAAGCCAGUCCAUUCGCAAAGUCAGCCAAAUUUCUCUAGUUAUUCUUCAAAAUUUCUUGGCUCUUACACUAGCUAUGACUACUUGAAAAGGAACAUCAAGUGGGGAAAACCCGAAACUGAUGCUGUGGAUAGAUCAUUCAGUGAGAAACGUUAUGAUCCAGCCCAGGCCACACCCCCUCCUCCUCCGUUGCCCUCGCAGUACAGCCAACCAGCUCCACCUCUACCCAGCUCUUCUCUCCACAUACAUUCCAAGAGCGCCCAGGGCGAAGGCAAUUCAGUAUCAUUGGAUUUUCAGAACUCAUAUAUGUCCAAACCAGACCCACCCCCAUCUCAGAAUAAACCAGCAACUUUCAGACCACCAACCAGAGAAGAUCCUCCUCAGACUUUCUAUCCCCAGAAAAGUUUCUCAGACAAAGCUCCAGUUAAUGGAGCUGAGCAGACUCAGAAAACCAUCACUCCAGCAUACAAUCGAUUCACACCAAAGCCGUACACAAGUUCUGCCCGGCCGUUUGAACGCAAAUUUGAGAGUCCAAAGUUCAACCAUAAUCUUUUGCCAAGUGAAGCUGUACAUAAACCUGAAUUGUCCUCAAAACCUUCCACUUCGCCACAAACCCUUAGAAAAGCUCAUAGUUCAGCGCAGCCUCCUGAGUUUGACAGCGGAGUUGAAACUUUCUCUGUUCACACAGAGAAGCCUAAAUAUCAAGUUAAUAAUAUCAGCACCAUACCUAAAGCUGUCCCCGUGAGUCCUUCAGCUGUGGAAGAAGAUGAAGAUGAGGAUGGUCAUACUGUAGUGGCUACAGCUCGUGGCAUUUUUAACAGCAAUGGUGGUGUAUUGAGUUCCAUAGAAACCGGUGUUAGUAUAAUUAUCCCACAAGGAGCCAUUCCUGAAGGAAUUGAGCAAGAAAUCUAUUUCAAAGUCUGCAGAGACAAUAGCAUCCUCCCACCUUUAGAUAAAGAGAAAGGUGAAACUCUGCUGAGCCCCCUAGUGAUGUGUGGGCCCCAUGGCCUCAAGUUCCUGAAGCCUGUGGAGCUGCGCUUGCCACACUGUGCGUCCAUGACUCCUGACGGUUGGUCUUUUGCUCUAAAAUCAUCCGACUCCUCGUCGGGUGACCCUAAAACUUGGCAAAACAAGUGUCUUCCUGGAGAUCCGAAUUACCUUGUUGGAGCCAACUGUGUUUCUGUCCUGAUUGACCACUUUUAAUUCUUAGCAUUUAGGAACUGGACUAAGCAAUGUGAACAUGGAUUGAACUUACUAAAUCUAAAUGGAACCACUCUAAUGAGUAUUAUAUUUUCUUAGAAUUUAUACUGCAAUUGGUAGUAUUAAGCGUUUGUUGGAACUGAUGAAGGUUAGUGAGCAUGCCCCUGAACCACGGUCAGAAAACAUGCUACAAGCUGUGUGUUAUUGAGUGAAGAACUGUCAGGCAUUGGCUAGAGGUUCAAAGAUAUUUUGCUUUGUAAUGAUUUUUGUACUUUUUUAUGGUCACUGCUUAACUUCACAUACUGAUUUCCGUUAAAAAUACCAGCCAGUAAAUGGGGGUGCAUUUGAGUUCUGUUCUUUCCAAAGUACACUCAAAGUUUAUUAUGGCCUUGGCCUAGCAUACACAUUUUAUUUUAUUAUGCAUGAGGUAAUGUGCACACAUUUUUUACAAAUGCACCUGGAAUAUAUAACCAGUGUAGUGGAUUUAACAGAAAUGUACAGCAGGGGGAUUUAUAACUUGGGGGGGAGGGUCAAAUGAAGACAAUUACUUAUUGUAUAUGAAAACACAUUUCUCUUAGGGAAGGACACCAAAGCAUGUGAGCCUCGUUCCAUGGCCUCUGAAUCUAUAAAUUAACAUAUCACCACAGACAUCUAACCAGCAGGAAUGCCUUACCCUCAUGGUUUUAAUUCUUAGAUCAUUUCGCUGUGUAUUACUAAGUUUUUAUGAGUUUUGUGCAUAUCUAGAUACUGUAUCAUGGAAAAGACUGAGUAAAUUGUGGACUUGAUGGUUUCAGAAAUGUGUAAAUCACCCGGAAGAAAAUAAUGGUGUGACUUAAAAUAUUUUUUGACAAGGGGAAGUGGUGGUCUUCUGUUCUUUGGGCUAUGCAUCUGAGAUGUUUGAUGUUUCAGGACGCAUGUACAUAAUGCGUGCAUACGACUUUUGUUCUUGGUUUGUAAAUUAACUUUUAUAAACUUUACCUUUUUAUACAUAAAACAGAACCAAGUUUCUAAGGCUACCUUUGUAUUCUCUCCUGUACCUCUUGAGCCUUGAACUUUGACCUCUGCAGCAAUAAAGCAGCAUUUCUACACAUACAAGGUCAUUUUUUAAAGAAAAAGAAUGCACAGAGUUGUUACAUUUUUAAGUGCUGCAUUUAAAAGAUACAGUUACUCUAGUUUGAUUAAAUUCUUGCAAAGUAUCCCUUCUGUAAAAUUUGUGAUACAAUACUGUGCCCUAAAGUGUAUUUUUUUACUAAUAGACAGUUUAUUAUGGCACAUCAGCACGAUUUCUGUUUAGAUAAUACACCACUACAUUCUGUUAAUAAUCAUUAGGUGUGAAAGGAUUUCUUUUGUGGUUAUUAAAAAUCUCAAAUUUCUAAAUCUGCAAGAAUAAAACUUUUUAAAAUACA